UAUCAACAUCCCACAUCAAUCCCAAUUCUGCAAAACACCACCACAAACUGCAAUUGCAGUCCUUUCUCAACUCUUCACUCGACCGACCUUUCUUUCUCACCUUCUAUCUCGAUCCUGCCGGUCGUUCUUUCCUUGACUCUAGACCUGCGCUGCUUUUUACCUUUUCUACCAUCUGAACACCAUUCUUCCUCAUCAAAACCCGACAAAGUGCAGCCUUUCCGCGGCAUUUUGACCACUUUCUCCCUUCCUGACCGCUGAUCGACUCAGCAGCCAUGGACGUCAACCAAGUUCUAGAAAGCACCUUUUCUCCGGAUGCGGCGAUCCGGGGCAAUGCUGAAGAACAGCUCAGACAAGCCCGCGAGGGAAAUUUUUCCGAAUACCUUUCCAUCCUCUCCCGAGAACUCGCAAACGACCAAGCUAGCGCCUCAGUCCGACAGGCUGCUGGUCUCGCCCUGAAAAACGCCUUUUCUUACCGUGACAUCACUCGAUUAAGAGAAGUACAAGCAAGAUGGUUGCAGGGCGUCGAUCCACAGAUCAAGAGACAGGUCAAAGAGCUGGCACUCAAGACACUGAACGCUACGCCGCAGGCUGCCCUUUCUUCUGCCCAGCUUAUCGCAACCAUUGCUGCCAUUGAGCUCCCCCGCAAUGAGUGGCCUGACUUGAUGCCUGCCUUGGUCCACAAUGUCGGUGCCGGCGAGGACAAGUUGAAGCAAUCUAGUCUCACUUGUAUUGGAUUUAUCUGCGAGUCUGACGAUCUUGAGCUCCGGGAAUCCCUGGUGGGCUACUCCAAUGCCAUCCUCACGGCAGUCGUUCAGGGUGCGAGAAAGGAAGAGGUCAACCAAGACGUUCGGCUUUCUGCCUUAUCGGCUCUCAGUGACGCUACCGAGUUCAUCCGCAGCAACUUUGAGAAUGAGGGCGAACGAAACUACAUCAUGCAGGUCGUGUGCGAGGCCACACAGUCAGAAGACACGAGAGUGCAAGCGGCUGCCUUUGGGUGUCUCAACCGCAUCAUGGGCAUCUACUACGACAAAAUGAGGUUUUACAUGGAGAAGGCCUUGUUCGGCUUGACCAUUGCAGGCAUGAAGAACGAUGAGGAGGAUGUUGCAAAAUUGGCCAUCGAGUUCUGGUGCACUGUCUGCGAGGAGGAAAUCAGCAUCGAAGACGACAAUACACAGGCACAACAAGAAGGCUCGACCGAGCUGCGUCCGUACUUCCACUUUGCCAGAGUUGCGGCCCGAGAGGUCGUUCCCGUCCUGCUUCAAUUGAUGACAAAGGUCUCGGAGGAUGACGCCGACGAUGAGUACAACACCGCCCGUGCCGCUUAUCAGUGUCUGCAGCUUUACGCUCAGACCAUUGGCGGUGAGAUUGUGCCAGCUGUCCUUGCAUUUGUGGAAGGAAACUUGCGCAGCGAAGACUGGACGAAGCGAGAUGCCGCCGUCUCGUCCUUUGGAGCAAUCAUGGACGGUCCGGACAUCAAGACUCUCGAUCCUCUUGUGAAGCAGGCACUACCGGUCUUGAUCGGCAUGAUGCAAGACCCUGUCAUCCAAGUACAAGAUUCUGCAGCAUAUGCCCUGAGCAGAAUCUGUGACUAUUGCUCGGAUUGCAUUGACCCGUCAACACACCUUCAACCUCUUAUGUCGGCUCUCUUCAAUGGUUUGAUGGCUAAUCCAAAGAUUGCCGCGUCAUGCUGCUUGGCUCUCUUGAACCUGACGGAAAGAUUUGUCGGUGAGGACGGUGCAGCUGCAAAUGCUCUGACACCACAUUUCCAGGACAGUAUCACUUCACUUCUGGCAGUUACCGAGAAAGAUGGCGCCAACAACCAACUUCGAACAGCCGCGUAUGAAGUCCUCGCUGGCUUUGUGACGAAUGCCGCGCAUGACAGUUUGCAGAUAGUGGCUGAAUUGUCAAGCGUCAUUAUUCAACGCCUCGAGAGCACGAUUCCUAUGCAGAAACAAAUUGUCAGCAUCGACGACAAGAUCACCCUCGAAGAGUUGCAAGUCAGCUUGAGCAGUGUAUUGCUUGCCAUUGUUCAGAGACUUGAGCAAAACAUUGCUCCGCAGGCCGAUCGAGUGAUGCAGACCUGUUUGGAAAUUCUCAACGUUACAGGCCAGACUGCUGUUCCCGAGGUCAUCUUCCAAAUUGUUAGCGGACUGGCCAAUGCUUUGGCAGGGGAUUUCCUCAAGUAUAUGGACUCAUUUGUCCCAUAUCUGUAUAAUGCUUUGGGCAACCAGGACGCGCCCGACAUGUGCUCUUUGGCUAUUGGCCUCGUCAGCGAUAUCGUCCGUGCUUUGGAAGAUAAGGCUCAACCAUAUUGCGACACAUUUAUGAACUACCUCCUGAACAAUCUUAGGUCCGACAAGCUCGCCAACCAGCUCAAACCGCCCAUCCUCGAAACAUUUGGUGACGUCGCUACCAGCAUUGGCGAACAUUUCGAGACCUACAUCACGGUGGUUGCACAAGUCCUUCAACAAGCCAACAACGUGUCUGUGGCAAACGAUGUGUCGUUUGAUAUGCUCGACUACAUUGUCUCCCUUCGAUCAGGUAUUGCUGAUGCCUGGUCGGGAUUGAUUCUAGCUUUCAAGGGCACCCCGAAAGCGCAAAUUCUUCAGAACUAUGUUCCACCAAUCUUUGAAUUCCUGCAGACUGUGUCCCAGGACGUGAACCGCAACGAAGGCCUUCUAAGAGCUUGCAUGGGCAUCAUUGCCGAUCUUAGUGAAGUGUUCCCAGAUGGGUCAUUGUCCAACUACUACCGACAAGAAUGGGUGACGAAACUCAUCAAAGAAACUCGAGCUAGCCGCGACUUCUCACAGCGAACCAUCAAUGCAGCACGUUGGGCAAGAGAACAGGUCAAACGACAAACUCAACAUCAAGGUACCGUCAUGACUUGAUGUCGAGAACUAUCUCUAGCCCCGAAUAUGACUAUCCGCCUCCCCGGCAUCGACCUCCGCCGCCCUAUAACCAUCCUUGCCCAACACCAGCCCAUCGCCCAGCCCAGCACAGCACCUUUCAGCCCCCUGUCAGAGCGCUGAUCACCGUCCGUGAAAAGGUCAUUUCUCAUCAGAAGCCGACACCAUAGUGGAACCGCCGAAAUAUGAUGACGAACCAGACCCCCCACGGUACGGAACAAAUGGUCAUGUGGACAAGCGACCAUCCUUUGAACAUGGCCAGGAAAGCGUUCAGCCCUUGAAUCUACUGCAACUGCCUCAACACCUCCCGUCACGUCUUAGUGGUCCCCUCCUUAGUCCGGAACCUUCACCUCUUCCGCCGCCAUUCGAUUACAACUCCCAAUUCGAACGACAUCGUCAACGCAUCGAUUGCGAAUUGGGCGCCCAUCGGGUCCAGAAUUGGUUGAGCGAACCAAGGAUCGAUGAGGACACGGAGUCGCUACUCUCGUCAGGCCCAGCAUCAGCACACAGAACCAAGACGAGAGCGCGCCAUGGUGUGGUCGAAAAAGACUUCGCGGUCUAGUAGUCUGGGACUGUCUAAGACGCAUGGAUGCGGUGUGGAAAGUUGUGCAGGAGUUUUGGCAAGGCUGAAUGAUAAUAAUGGCGCAACGGUUCGGAGAUAAACACAGACACCCAGACAGCACGAUGAUACCCCCUUCGCCCCCUUCUGUCUUCGGACCCCGCCCUUCCCUUCCUUCAGGUUCACCCCCUUUAUCGUUUCGCAACAGGCAUGGCAUUCUUUGAAAGACACUUUAGAAUCUUGUUAGAGUGUGCUUUAUAGUCCUCUUAUUUGGCGGCUUCACUGCACUGCAGGAUUGCCUUCGGUAAAGGUAGAUAGUCGCAGAGGGCAGACAGAUUAAAUAAGAAUGCGCCCCAUCAAGUGUA